GAGCAUUUGGCGAGAACUGAGCAGAACCAACCAACCAUGGGCAGCAACUCGUCGCGCAGCCGAAGCAGCAGUGGCGGCAGCAGUAGCAGCAGCAACAACAACGGCCAUACGAGACGUCCUGUGCCCAAGAAGGCGCCGUUUUCCAAGAGCAAGGGAAGCCCAACAUACGAUGGCGAGCGCUUCACGCGACCUACGGGAUUGUACAAGUCAUGCAGUUGGGAACAUAAAACGGUGCGGAAGUUGGUGGCGGAGCGCAAGAUUGCCCCUCGAUACCCGGGCAGCGAAACUGCUAGUGCCGACUCUUAUGAAUGCCCCAUUUGCUUCUUGUAUUACCCCAGCACGUUGAACCAAAGUAGUUGUUGCAAGGAAGCGAUCUGUACGGAAUGCUUGCUCCAAACCAAACCGCCCGCCAAAUCCGUGUGCUGUCCUUUUUGCCAUUCGGACAACUUUCGAACCAACUUUACGGUGGGGUCGGCAGGGACGCUGAAGAAGCCCAUCAUGCGAUCGGACUCGGACUGCACGGAACUGAGCAGUCCAGAAGCCUCCAUGUUACACGAUGAUGACAUUGAAGUCCAUUUCGCUUCUGUGGCCGACCGAAUGAAGCUGCAAGAAGAAGUGUCGGCCCAAGUGGGCAUCCCACGUCCUGCAUCGUUGCCGAACCAUCGAUCGACCACGUACGAGGCGUUUCUGGCGGGGGACGACAUGGACAACUCGACGUCGUGCCUGGAAGAGAUGAUGCUGCUGGAAGCAAUCCGCAGAUCGAUGGCCGACUGCGGAGUGCAGCCGAAACACUGCGAGCGGCACACGAUCGCCCAUAGAAGCGACGACUUGACCCCAUCGGCAGCACCUUCCGCCGCAAGUUGAACGUGGGGGAGGUCGCAUGUUAGACGUGUGAUUGUAGUGCGAUAAUAUGUGCAUAUUUAUGAUUAACUUUUAACUCUUUCUGGAC